AUGUUUAGAGGCGCAGUAGUGGGAUUCCUGCUCUUUGCAGGGAUAUUUGCCACACAGAUGGAGACAAAGGAAGGGCAAAAGACAGACGGACUGUGCGAGCACGGGUGCCACAAGGUCUUUGAGAGUCUUUUCGUUAAGACAGACAUUAAAAAGGCAAAAGAAGAGAUAGAUAGCAUGGAAGGCCAGUGUAAAUACUUCUACAAAUGGUUUACAUCGACAUAUUUUGACUUCAAUAUAAAAGAAGGCGUGGAGUCUCUGUACAGAUCGCUUUACUCCACAUGCGAAGUGAAGGACCUAGCAUACCUCGUGUAUGCCAGCAAGAUAGAUCGCAGACACAACAUCAUAGGAGACGCAAAGGAUGCAAUAUUCUACUACAGGGAAAUAGCAAAGCUCGUGUUCCAAGAGUUUUUCCGGAAAAGAAUUACACUUUUUGCCAAGUGGGAGUUUGCAAAUCUUGAAAAGCAGGGAGAGAAUAAGAAAAUCAUCAACUUCAUAAAAACAUUGACAAACAGUGGAGACAGCGUGGCUGCUGAGAAUCUUUUGUCUCUGAUAAAAAUAGGACAUGUGGAGCUGGAGCCGCACAUUGACUUUCUCAAAGAGUCGGCAAGGAAGGGAAGCGCAGAUGCCAUGGGAAUACUCGGGAAUAUGUACUACUACGGAUGGGGAGUCACACCCAGCAGAAUAACAGCUAGACACUACUAUGCAGAAGGCGCAAAAAGCAACGAUCCAGACUGUCUCAACGGUCUUGGAAUGCUCCACAUCGAAGAAGGAAACAAAACCAAAGGAAAAGUGUUUUUAGAGAAAGCAUCAGCCAUGGGCUCCCAGGCAGCGGACUACAAUCUGUACCUUAUGUACGAAAGCGCAAACAACUUUAUGGGAGACCUGCACCUUAUCAAAGCAGCCAAACAGGAGGGGUAUCUCCCAGCGGUGUACCAAUAUGCUGAAAAAUCGAGAAAAAAGAAGGAGUACAAGUCUACUACUGUAUCCCAGUACAAAAGCAUUGCAGUGUACCAUUCAAAGGUUCUAGAGCUGGAGAAGAUGGCAAUUGAAAAGUGCAAAAACCACGAGAAUGCUGAGGCAUUUUACCUGUCUCUUUUAAUAGGUGAUAUGGGGUCCAAAACAGGAUACAUGAACGCAGCAUACAUAUUAAAAAACAGAGUCAUCAAUUCUUCUGCUAUGCAGCACUACAAGCUGCCGUGGUUCAAUAAGGCAAAAGAGCUCUUAGGUCUAGCGCCAAAAGAUAAACAAAAAGAGCCAAUGGCACAGAGAUAUGAUGAUUCAGAAAAAAGUGACACUGUGCCUGAAAAUACAGAUAGCAGAGAUACAGCGGGCAGUACAGCCAUAAAAAGCGGGAUACAUCAUCCAGAGAUGCUGUACAUACUUCUCUGCCGAAGGAUAGCAGAAAUGGACAGCAGUGAAGCUGCUAUUGAGCUGGGCAAUGCGUACUUCUACAGCGUGGGAGUAGAGAAGAAUCUGGAAAAAGCAUUCUCUCGGUACUACACGGCGUCUCUUAUGAAAGACCCGGAAGGAGACUACCUUGUGGGAUGGAUGUACGAAACAGGCAGUGGAGUAUCUCAGAGCUACAGUCUGGCAAGAGAGUUCUACACGCAGAUGUAUAAAAGAAAAGACACAACGUAUUUGCUCUACUGGGUGCUGAUGGCUAGAGUCUUUUUAAAAAUGCACAUUGCAAAAAUAGUGUCAUUAGUUGCAGUGGGAGUUUCAGUUUUUCUCGGGUGGAUUACCAUUCCCCAGGCCGCCCUGCUCUUCUCCCGAAGAAGAUCGCUGGAUGCGUCAUUGCAGGGCAAAUCCAAGUAG